ACAAAAUCCAUAUAGUUGACCCUUUAAAAAUCAUCAGAAAUCGAAUUGAUCUAUAUAUAUAUAAUUAAGAACAAUACGUUACAUACUCAUUAUCUAAAACCACUUAAGAACUGAAAAGCUGGAUAACACAUAAGAAAAUGAGUAUUUCCAUAUUUCUCGGCGUAUCCACCGUCCUCGCCAUUCUCUACGCCGUUCAAGCCACAGCAAUAUGGGACCAAGAUAAAGCGAUGGUGCAAUGCGUAGCAAAACUAACUCCGUGUCGUCCGUACGUUAACUCCGAGGCUCCUCCGCCGCUGUGGUGUUGCCAUCCGCUGAAAAAGAUCGUGGAGAAUGACGCGACAUGUCUAUGCGAAGCCUUCAAACAUCCCGACAUGUUGGCACUCAUUCAUCUCACCCAAGAGGCUGCUCUAAAUCUCAUUAGUUCAUGUGGAGCUAGUUAUGAUGCUUCAAGUUGUAAUACUGAUUCUCCCUCUAAUGCGUCGACCGCGGGAUCUACGACCACUGAGAGCUCUUCCGUCAGCACCUCCAAAAAUGCAGCCCUAGCUAUCAGUUUGUUGGGAGUAAGCUUCGUUUCUGCUUUCACAGGACUUUGAUCGAUUCUUCUUCAAACCGAAAAUGAGAUUUAUAUGUUUUUGAUGUGUUAUGUCUCAAUUUUCCAUCAGUUGUGACCAAGCAUGUUAGUAUGUACUAUGUAGUCUUUUUUUUGGUUUGAGUUGUAUUAAUGACAUUGUCGCCUCAUAAACUAUAUACAUGUUUAAAAAUGUGGUGCGUGAUACAACAAAAAACAAGAAUUGCCAUCGGCUUCUAAAACUAUAUGCAAUUGGGUAUGGGAUAUUAUGUUAAAAAACCAGGAAAGAAAUACGACUUAUUUUAUGCUAAAUUUAUCCGACAUGCUAAAGUAAAAAGAGAUUUGAUCCACACUAGUGAUAUGGGUCAAUUUAAACCAAUGAAGCAAAAAUAGUAUGUUUAUGCGAUUAAGAAGUAAAUGUAAGCUUUAAAGAAAAAGAAAAAAUGGUAUAAAUGUAAAUA